AAAACAAAAAAAAUUAUUUAUACACGAAUCAAUUGAAAGGGAGACAUUCGACUAAAAACAUUCACACAUAUACACACAUUCCGCCGCCUUUGUAGAACACGGCAGGGACAGAACCGAAUCACUCGUCAUUCAAUGCUUGCAUUGGAAUCAGCGGAAAAUAAAACUUUGUCACAGCAUUUCAUAGAAGUCACCCCAACUAAUUGUACCCAAUUCCCCAGACGGAAUAAAGUAUUACAAUUAAAUAAAAACAGUAUCAAGGAUUAUGCUUUUUGGGUGAUUGUUCCAAAGAAAAGUUACCAAAAACCAACACGGCCAUGGAAUUCGAUUCGAAGUGUAUGCGUGUAAUUGGCACUGCUGCUGUUUCCAUUGUGGGCUAUCAAAUUAUUACAAAGUUUCUGCCUUGGCUGUACAUAAACAUAAUUGGUCCAAAAUUAUUUGGACCUAAGGUCGACGUUUGUCGCAUGGGAUCGUGGGCCGUUGUCACUGGUGCCACAGAUGGAAUUGGUAAAGCCUAUGCAAAAGAGUUGGCUAAGAAAGGACUUAAUAUCGUAUUGAUCAGUCGAAGCCUCAGCAAAUUGGAAACUGUUGCUAAGGAAAUUGCUCAAGCCUACAGUGUGGAUACCAAAUUUGUUGAUGUUGAUUUCACUGGCGGCGCAGAAAUUUAUGAAAAAAUUAAGACUAACCUCGAAGGAUUGGACAUUGGAGUUUUGGUAAACAAUGUUGGCAUGAGUUAUGCCCAUCCAGAAUUUUUUGUGGAAUUCAGUCAAAGUAAUCCCCAAUUUUUGCGAGACAUCAUUUCAGCCAACGUGCACUCGGUGACACACAUGACUGCUCUGAUAUUGCCAGCAAUGGUGGAGAAAAAAAAAGGAGUCAUUAUUAACAUAUCCUCAACUGCCGGUGUAAUACCAAAUCCUCUACUAACCGUUUACAGUUCCACAAAAGCAUUUGUGGAUAAAUUUAGUGCUGAUUUGCAAACCGAAUAUCGAGCUAGAGGCAUAGUCGUCCAAAGCAUACAACCAGGAUUUGUAGCCACGAAUAUGACAAGGAUACGUAAACCUAACACAUUCUCUCCAUCCGCCGAAACCUAUGUCAAAUCAGCUUUAAGUACACUUGGUAUAGCUGAACGCACUGCAGGUUAUUUUCCCCAUACUUUGAUGCAAAUCGUAAUUAUUGGAAUCGCAACGGUAUUUUGUGAGCAAUUUGCAAGUCAGUUGGUAUUUUCAAAUCUGUUAAAAACCCGCCAACGUGCCCUGCGGAACCUUGCCAAGAAGAAAUAAAUUAUAUGAAUAACAUUUGUCGAGGGCUACCAUCUUCCAACACCGAAGAACUUAUAUUUUGUUAAAAUUGUAAACGAAAAAAUUUGUUAAGGGGAAUAGUAUGUAUUUGUUAUAUUUGUAAGUAUUUCAACAAAAACAAUGACGCUACAAAAACGGAAAUAAAAAUAUGUAUUUAGACUAGACAGACAAAUAUUUGUUGCUAACGCGAGCAAGAUCGAUAGCUUUACAAAUGUUUAAUGCAUAUGCAUUUCAAAAACAAUACCGGUUACGAAAAUGUUUGCAAUUUACUGUUGAAGAUUAAUUUUAUUAUUUUAAAAUCAACCGUCAAAUUUGCUGGCAUUAUUUCAAAGACAGACAUUAUUUUAAAUGUCGAGAAGGAUAUAAUUAAGUAAGAUUCCUCGCUUAGUAAUAUUACAUAAUUUGUAACCUCAAUUUGUAAUUCUGUUGAAGUAAUAAAGCGACAAAUCAUCAAGUCAUUUUUAAUUAAA